AUUGAUUCACCUAUACAUUCAUCCAAGAAAGAAAGAAAAUCUCAUGAUAAUGAGAAUAAUACUCGAAAUCAAACUAAUAAUAAAUUACGAAGAUCAUCAUCUGAAUCUUUACAAAGAAGUACACCUGAAAUUUAUCCUGAGCAUAAAAUAACUGAUGAUGAGAUUGAAUUAGAACGACGUGAAGCUGAAGCUAGACGACGUCGACAAUUAGAAGAUGAUGAACAAAAACGAAAAGCAAAAGAAUUAGAAGAACAACGACGAAGAGAAUUAGCUAAACGACAACGAGAAGAUCGUAAGUAUUUAUAA